AUGCCGGCCGCGCUGGCCGCUUCCGCACCGGAAGCUGCGACCCGGAAGCGCCCCGCGUGCCGCCCCGCCCACGCCGGAAGCCCCGGGUUGCUCGGCAACGCGCCGCUUCCCGGGAACGUCGGCCGGGGCGGGAGCUGGAGGAUGAACGCGCAGCAGCUGGUGCCCCUGGCUCUGCCCCGCGGGCGGACGCUGCGCUGCGAGCUGUGCGGGGGGCCGGCCCUGCUGCGCUGCGGGGCCUGCCGCGUCACCUGCUACUGUGAUGUAGAUCAUCAAAAAGCUGACUGGGUUAGCAUCCAUGAGAAAAUAUGCCAAUUGUUGAUUCCAAUACGUACAUCUUUUCCAUUUUUCAAUUCCGAAAAAGAAAGAAAACAUGGCAUGGAACAGCUUCUUCACAGGCAGAAACACUUAGUUGACCUUACUCACAAAGUGGCCCAGAAGUUUGUGUUUGAAGGAAAACAUGAAGAAGCAAUUCCUGCAGCUUUACAUUCUCUGCGUUUCAGCAUUGAUACCUGUGGCCCAGAUUCUAUGGAAUUAGUUCCUGCUUAUCUCAUUUUAGCUGAGGCUAGCACUGGUCUUGGCCAUCUUACCCAGGCAGAGGAAUACCUCUCACAAGCUCAGUGGAUUGUCCUCAAAACUUCUGACUGCAGUAAUGGCAUUCAGUCUAAAUUGCAUCGUAACCUGGGUCUCCUCUAUGCUGCUAAAGGAAAUUUUGAAGAGUCUUUAUACCACCUGGCUACUGAUAUUUAUUUUGCCAGUUGUGCAUUUGGAACUCAUGACAUUAGUACAUCUGGAGGUUAUUUCCACAUGGCUAAUGUGUUCUUUCGUCAGAACAAAAUGGACAUUGCAGACUCACUGUACACUGAGGUAAGCGAUAUCUGGCAUGCCCAUUUCAGUCGACUGAUUCAAGUCCAAUCACAAACUCUGACUUCUCCAGCAGAAAUUAAUAUAUUGUCUGAAGAAGUGGAAAUCAGUGAAGAACCUCUGAAUGAAGCUCAGCAAGCCGAAGCAAGUCAAGUACUGAAUGCAAUAUUAGAUAUCAGAGAACAGGCACCAAAGCAACAGCCUGCUAAAACUGCCAGUGUUGUACAUGGUCUUGCAAUGCUUCAUUACUUGAUCUUGGAUUUACCAAAGGCUCAUGAUCUUGGGAUGAAAGCUUUUCUAAUAACCAAACAAUUGCCAAACCAAGAUGCAUCAGAAGCUAUUCAUCAUCUAUUAAAAUUGAUUAAAUCCAAACCUUUCUACACAAAAUAGGGUGCAGUUUCUUCACCUCUUUAUCUUUUCAACUAGGUUGCAUUACGAGUGUUGUACUUUUGCCUGCUAUCACCUGUCUAGAAACAUUCUCUGUAUAUUUGUUUGCUUUUAUUAAAAUUAUACUUUAUGCCA